CGAUGACAAUGUAAGGGCUGGUGAAAACAGUCUAAGUCCAUGCUGUCGUGCGGUACGGAACGCUCCUUAGUGUACGAAAUCCUACUCCAACCACCCCAACCUGACACAGCCCUGUGCGCCUGUGUUGUCUUUCCCAUCCGGAGGGGCCCAGCUCAGGCGGACCGUGAACACGAUGGAAUCCUUUGCUUACGGACCUAACAAAAUGGAAGAUCUCUUUGAUUAUGGGCCUGACUUGCUUUCUGACCGGGCAUCUUUCCAAGCUCUUGUUGAUGAGCUAUAUUCAACAGACUCAAAUAUGCAAUUAGAUGUUGAGUUUAGCAGCCGUGGCACCUCGCCAACAGGGCCUGCCACUCCACCUUCGUCUUCGGGCGGCCAGGAAGAGGUUGCUAGCCCAGACGUGGAACACGAACAUCAAGCCUUCGCUCAAGGAGCACUGAUGACAGAGAUGCUUGCCGGGAUGGAAGGAUCCACUCCAAACGAUCUGAUGAGGUCAGGAACCAACGUGUAUGAUGCCCUCGACACGAUCGAUCAAUCCUUCCACAACCCUUAUCUGGGCGUGCCAUCAUCUACUCAGUACCCCCACUGUCAGGUGCCAGCUUAUACCUGGGAAACCUAUCCUGCCAGAGCUUUACAGUACGGGACUGCCUACAAUACCAACUUCUCAUGGAUGGACCCUGCCGCUGUCAACUCUAGCAACACAGGCACUUUCUAUCACUCUGGCACUCGAGCCUCCAUCGACCAGUCAAGACUAAUACCCAGGUCCACCAUGAUUCCUGCCUCUCAGAAUGGUUCCACCACGGGUGUACCUCGAAGGGUUACCCAUGGAUAUGGGUCUAUGUCUUUGGAGAGCCUGCCAUCCGACGAUAUGAUGACCAGAUAUCCACAGUUGUCCUCACCGGAGAUUAUCAUGAGCGAUGCUGGCUAUCAUCCCAACACCAGUCUACCAGAAGACAACGACUUUGAACUGUCAGGCCCACCUGUCAGCGCUGCAAGUCAUCACACCGAACCCUCGAUUGUCAACAAUAGCAACAACAUUCAGCCGCAAGCAAGGAUUUUAGCAGAAGACACUUUCACCUUCUCCACAGAGAGCACACAAGCCCUCGAGACAUCUGGUCUACCAAUACGAAAUGACGUGCGUGCGUCAAGGGACCAGGGCAACUCUCGUUCACCAGAAACGACUCGGCGUGGAAUGGUCUCAAGGCCCUCGUCAUCUCGAGGUUCCAGCCCGAGAGCCAUGAACAAAGGAGGACGCUCGGGAGGCCUUGAUGGCAAUACUCGAGCACAUGCCAAUCAGAUGCGAAAGCUCGGCGCAUGUUGGAUAUGCGCGUUUCAGAGGGAUCAAUGUGACCCAGGAAGCCCGUGUACCAGAUGUCAAGAUCGUAGUAUCAGAGGAUCCUUACACAUGCUACCUUGCUCACGUAUGCAUUUGUCGGAUCUGGUGCAUCAGUUCCUCCCUGCUACGAUGAAUAGACAGCAUCGUCGUGAGGAGAUCAUAUCUUUUGCGAAGAAGAGCUUGCGCUCGUGGAAGACAGAGGCCCCUAUCCAGGUUUACCUGACAUCUCUCGGUCUGGGACAUUUCGCCUGGGAUCUGCACGAAUUUGAGCCGUCUUCUCAAGAUCUGUUGUUACAGAAGCGAUACAAGGUCGGUAUCUCUGGAACCUGGCAGCGCAUUGAGAAAAGAUCACCACCGCUCGCCCUCAAACAGGUCAACUUCAGUCAAACUCAGAGGCUUGACGAUUACGUGGACAAUAUUGUCGAACAAUAUCUUGAAGACUUCCAGAACCAAGCAUAUUAUGGGGAGGAAGACUCUUGCGCCAUGUUCCAAAGUGAGCUGCUGAGAGCACUGUGUAGUCUGUACAUCAGUCUGCCGGAUGAAGAAGACGACAAGACUCUCAAAGGUGACGUACGUCAGGUCAUCAGACUGCUGGUUCUCACCUGCAUCAUGGACCAUCCCAUCACCAUUGUUGCGACCUACCAAGAUACAGCUAUCAGUAUGAUGCAGAGUCACAAUAAUCCACAAGUCUACGGCACGUGGACCUCUCCUAUGCUGGCCAAUCGACAGCUCAAGUACUUCUUCUCCGAGAUGCAGACACAGCAGUACAACAAGAGUCUGAAUCGUUUACACCAGAUUCUGCGCAAAGCAGGAGACAAGAACAAGCUGUGGAUGUCGUCUUUCGUGUUGAUGCUCGGUAUUGCUCUCGUGCUCGAGCAAUGUCAACAUUUGCUGUGGAUCAAGGCAGACGCAAAAGUCGCCAGACGGGAGUCCUCGUCAAUCGAUGCCGAGUGGGAAGCCCGAAGCCAUUGCAACGAAAUGGACGAUGGGUUCGAGUUCCUGUGCAAGCUCUACCACUGCAAAUACCGUGGCAAGCACAGACAAAAGACCAGAUAUGAAGAAUUGAAGAACAAGACCUCGAACGCAGCCGAGGCGGAGUUUGCAGAAAAGAUUUAUGAUAUUGUCGACAGAAAUGGCGGAUACUUGUUGCAUCGUCAACAGUUGACGAUCUCUGGUAUGCAGGAGAACAACCAUGUUUCGAGAUUGGUUGCCAGGUUUUUGGUCGAGCUGAUGGGACUGACUCAAUCCUCGCCUUGAACCGAGGGGGAGAACUUGAAGGGAUGACUUGACGAAUUGGCCAACGACACAUUUUACGAAGGAUUGAACGACAAAAGGAAAGAACAACGACGGCGGCGUGUGACAGAAAUGAUUUUGAUAUCUUAAAAACAUAAUAACGCGUUAUCAACAAUACAUC